GAUGUCGCAAGCAGGUUCCAGUCCCUGUGCCUCCCAUUCCCGCUCCCAGGAGCCCGCCCAGCCUCAGGAACUUCCCCUAGCCCUCCGGCCUUGACUACUUAAGGGACCUGGAUCCACCCCACAGCUGGGACAGUCCCGGCGCCCUGCACUGGGGAUCUAGGAUGGGGGCCUUGGCCAGGGCCCUGCUGUCCAUUCUGCUGGCAUUGCUGCUCACGUUCACCCCAGAGGCUCUGGGUGCCAACCCCGGCCUGGUAGCCAGGAUCACCAACAAGGGCCUGGAAUACGCGGCCCAGGAGGGGCGAUUGGCUCUGCAGAGUGAGCUGCUCAAGAUCACGCUGCCUGACUUCACCGGGGACGUCAGGAUCCCCCACAUCGGCCGUGGACACUAUGAGUUCCACAGCUUGAACAUCCACAGCUGCGAGCUGCUUCGCUCUGCGAUGAGGCCCGUCCCUGGCCAGGGCCUGAGUCUCAGCAUCUCCGACUCCUCUAUCAGGGUCCAGGGCAGGUGGAAGGUGCGCAAGUCAUUCUUGAAACUACAAGGCUCCUUUGAUGUGAGUGUUAAGGGCAUCAGCAUUUCCGUCAACCUCCUAUUGGGCAGCGAGCCCUCAGGGAGGCCCACAGUUACUGCCUCCAGAUGUAGCAGCAACAUCGGCGACGUGGAGGUGGACAUGUCAGGAGACUUGGGGUGGCUGUUGAAUCUCUUCCACAACCAGAUCGAGUCCAGGUUCCAGAAGGUAUUGGAGAGCAAGAUCUGUGAAAUGAUCCAGAAAUCAGUGUCCUCCAAUCUACAGCCUUAUCUCCAAACUCUGCCAGUCACAAAAGAGAUUGACAGUUUCGCCGGCAUUGAUUACAGCUUAGUGGAAGCCCCUCGAGCAACAGCCCAGAUGCUGGAGGUGAUGUUUAAGGGUGAAAUCUUCCAUCGUAACCACCGUUCCCCAGUUACCCUCCUUGCUCCCGUUAUGAGCCUUCCUGAGGAACACGACAAAAUGGUCUACUUCGCUGUCUCGGAUUAUGUCUUCAACACAGCCAGCCUGGUUUACCACCAGGAAGGGCAUCUGAACUUCUCCAUCACAGAUGACAUGAUACCGCCCGACUCUAAUAUCCGACUGACCACCAAGUCCUUCCGACCCUUCGUCCCACGGUUAGCCAGGCUCUACCCCAACAUGAACUUGGAGCUCCAGGGAUCAGUGACCUCUGCCCCGAUCCUGAAUUUCAGCCCUGGGAAUCUGUCUGUGGAGCCCUAUAUGGAGAUAGACGCCUUUGUACUCACGCCCAGCUCCAGCAAGGAGCUUGUCUUUCGGCUCAGUGUGGCCACUAAUGUGUCCACCAUCUUGACCUUCAACACCAGCAAGAUCACUGGGUUCCUGAAGCCAGGAAAGGUAAAAGUGGAACUGAAAGAAUCCAAAGCUGGAGUAUUCAAUGCAGAGCUCUUGGAAGCGCUCCUCAACUACUACAUCCUCAACAACCUCUACCCCAAGUUCAACGAUAAGUUGGCCGAAGGCUUCCUCCUCCCUCUGCUGAAGCAGGUUCAGCUCUACGACCUUGGGCUCCAGAUCCAUAAGAACUUCCUGUUCUUGGGUGCCAACGUCCAUUACAUGAGAGAUUGAGGACAAGAAAGAUGAAGCUUGGAGGCUACAGCUGGGUCUGCAUGUUGCAUUUCCAGCUGUGCGGCACAUCUCGGAGAUUCUUGGAAAAGGACGACAUUUCUGUUCUCAGCUCUGGGGGUGAGGUCCGCCUGGCCUCCGCCUCCACCCUCCCGCUCUUCACCAGAUGCAUGCGUGCCCUCUCUGAGUCUGGACUUUGCUUUCCCCUCCAGGAGGGACCACCCUCCCCACUGACCUGGGAUAUCUUUACAAGCAGGCACUGUAUUUUUUAUUUGCAAUCUGAUCUCCAUGCCUAGCAGAGUGCUGGCACUUAGUAGGUCCUCAAUAAAUAUUUAUUAAAUGAUGAGAUGAAGGAAUCACCUGGUAUUCUAGCUGAACCUCAUCACUGCCCGCCCUCUUCUGGCCUCAGGGGUCUUUGGAUACUCAGCCCCAUCUGUGGUCUCCAAGGCCCCUUUCUCGUCGCUGCUGCUAUAGGAGCCUCAAUGAGAGAAGUAGGGAUUCUGUAUGUCACUUAGCCCUGGACCUGGUGCUGAUGCUCCGUCCCUAAGGCCCUUGUCCUGUCUCAGGCAGGGGCUCACUUCAGCAUCUCUCCCUCCCUCAUUUCUUGCCUGCCAGGGGAGCCAGUGAUCUCCGGGAGCAAAAACUCAGCCUCCCACUGCUUUCCCCCAUUGAAGCAGGUGUAAAUUAGGAGGAAAUGGAUCUGUCUAGGUUUUUGGUCCAACCCCAAUAAAAAGCUCAUCCAACUGUUGUUUAUGAGUCCCAAGCCUGGAGGGAGAGGCCAUGAUUUCUAAUUACUGAACAAUGAGACUUUGAUCAGACUUAAUAAAGAGUUGUUUCCAAGUUA